ACAUGUCCCAGCCUCCGAAUAACGCGAUACAUGGAUGUCCUCACCGACCCCAUUCACCUCGAUCGACAUGAAGCUUACAUGACACAGGAGGACGAGGAUCCGUGCUCAGAUUGUGGCUUUUUCUACGUUCUUUUUCUAACCAAGAGCACACAGGAGGAACUGAUUCGAUCCAAUCUUAAACCCCGAUUACAGGUAGAUUAUGAUAUUGUGCUAUCUCCCACAUACCAAGUCCCCGUUUUAUACUUUGCUCUGCGGUGGCUUCAUCAAAAUGGCCCAAUAGGGCUAGAUGCCGUCUAUCAAUAUCUCGUCCCAGAGCAAUAUCAAUCACAGGUCAAAAGUGUGGGUGUGAUGGGUGGGAUCAGCUUAGGCUAUCAUCCAGAUUCGGGCACUCCGGCCUUUUUCGUUCACCCGUGCAACACUGCCGACGCCAUGGCUCAGGUGGCAGACGCUCAGAGCAUCACCCCGGGGACGUAUCUUCUCAUCUGGCUCGGUCUCGUGGGUCAUUGUGUGAACCUGCACAUCCCACGGGAACUGGUCGCCUCGGGACCUGCCCUAUCCAACGACCCUUUAGAAGAAAAAAAAACAUUGAAAAAUGAAAAAUGA